CUGGUGCAUUCAACUAACAGCUCACUGGUUAAGUUUUAAUUGCUUCCAAUGAGGUCAGCAAAGGUAUUUAUCGAAAAGCACUGAGUAACAGGCUCUACACACACGAGCACGCACACACACACGCGCGCGCACACACACAGAGAAAAUCCUCUUGCGUGUUGAUUUAUGGAAACAAUUAUGAUUCUGCUGGAGUCUCUCAGCUGAGAAAUAGUUUUUAGCUACAGUAGAGAGUCUCAUGUUGCAAAAGGCAGACAACAGAAAUGGAAUACUUAUAUAUCCAGCUGUUAUCAAGAGAAACAAAGGAUUCAAGUAGCAAAGCAGGUCCAGACAACUGAGGUUAUUACAACCUGUUUUUUAAGGGAUAUCUCAACUGAAAGGUACUUAAGGAGCCAUCUCCUGAUAUCAGUGACUAAAGGGAUAAGGAUCACCAUUUGGAAAGAAUCACCAAUCUCAUUUAAGUCGAUCUACCAUUCAGUGCCAAGGUAGAAGGAGGUCAAUGACCUAGGAGCCGCGGUCCAACUUGAGAUUGAAUUUUCAUUAUGGUAUUCCUGAACACCCAGGGCACUGCACUAUAAUGCACAAAUGGAUACUGACAUGGAUCCUGCCAACUCUGCUCUACACAUCAUGCUUUCACAUUAUCUGUCUAGUGGGCACCAUAGCUUUCGCUUGCAAUGACAUGAAUCCAGAGCAAAUGGGUGCAAAUGUGAACUGUUCCAGCCCUGAACGACACACUAGAAGCUAUGAUUACAUGGAAGGAGGGGAUGUAAGAGUGAGAAGACUUUUCUGUCGAACACAGUGGUAUCUGAGGAUUGAUAAACGAGGAAAAGUAAAAGGGACACAAGACAAACAAACUAAUUAUAAUAUUAUGGAGAUCAGAACAGUGGCAGUUGGAGUGGUGGCAAUCAAAGGGGUGGAAAGUGAAUACUUUCUAGCAAUGGAUAAAGAAGGAAAACUCUAUGCAAAGAAAGUCUGCAAUGAAGAUUGUAACUUCAAAGAACUCAUUCAAGAAAACCAUUACAAUACAUAUGCUUCAGCAAAAUGGACAAACAGUGGAAGAGAAAUGUUUGUUGCAAUAAAUCAAAAGGGCUCCCCUGUGAAGGGCAAGAAGACGAAGAAAGAACAGAAAACCGCCCACUUUCUUCCUAUAGCAAUCACCUAACCCUAUAUAGGAUAUAAGGAACCAGUUCCAGCAGGAAGAUUUCUUUAAGUAGACUUGUAAAAAGUAACUAAGAAAGGCUGGAAUACUACUGAAAAAACUGAACAAGCUGGACUUGCACGUUUAUGUUUAUUUUAAGAGACUGCAUUAAAAGAAAGAUUUGAAAUUAUACACAAAAUCAGAUUUAGUAACUAAAAGUUGUAAAAAAUUUUAAACGAAGUUGUACAAUCAUGAUGUUAGUAAUAGUAACAUUUCUUUCUUAAAUUAAUUUACCCUUAAGAGUAAGUUGCGACUUGAUUGUCUGAUGAUUAUUAUUUAAAAAAUCUCUAUCUGCUUAUUAAAAAUGGCUGCUAUAAUAAUUAAAAAAAGCAGAGGGUGUUAUGUAAAAUAUGUUGGACUUAGAGGCUGCUGGAAUGAUUUGUCAGAUCAUCAAGUCAAUGCUACCUGUGGAAGUUGAGCAAGAUUUGAGAUGUUUCCAGUGAAAACUUUUGAAACCCCUAUAGUCUACCCAGAGGGAAAAACAGUCCAUAUUCUUAAAAAUUGUAAUUGCAGUGUUAAGUAAAAACCUAGUUUGAAAAACAAAAAUUAUACCAAUAGAAAAAUGCUUAUAUGUAGAAUUACAAACAGUAAUGCUGCUCAAUUUUUAAAAGGGUAUUUCUUAGAGGUUGUUUCACAAUCUUGUAUAUAAAACCAUAACAUUAAUAAUACCAAUGUACUUCAUCUCACUUUCUACAAAGUAGCAUAUUAUAAACUCAAAAAAUUAAAAUUCAGACAUCAUUAGGUUUUUUAUGUAACAUAACCUAUCUUUUGUAUAAUUCCUCUUAGGGCAUAUGGCUUUUGAAUAUUGUUCUUCCCACCGUUACUCAUGCUUUUUCUGUUGUUACCAGCAUUAAACUUUAUCUUAAGUUGUAUUUGAA